UUGAAGCGGCCUUACUGGGCUAGUAUGGAGGAGUGCAAGAAACGGUCUCACGGCACUAAGGUCUCUAAAAUAGCAAACAUUUUUCAAGGUAUGCCCUCGAGGGACGACGAAGAUAUGCGUGGAAGUGAUGUGACAGUAGUGCGAACUGAGAGCCAUUUGGCGAGGUUUAAUAAUGCUAGAGCUUUAUUUGAAAAAUUAGGUGAAGAAAAUCGUAAUUUUCGCAUUGAAAAGUCGCCUUCUGCGGCUGCCAGUUUUGCUGGAACAAGAGGCAUACCAGUGAUUCCUUCACGAUCCCGUUCAAGUUCUGCAGGUUCUGUAAGUCCAACUCGUAACAGUGCUACUCCAACUUCUACUUUAGCACCAGCUGUUAACGGUGAUCGUUUGUCUAAUGGCGCUUCUCAACAGCCGUUACAGAAACCCGUAAAACCUAGUGUUCUUCCUAAGCCUGAGAAACCAGACCGGAGGUUUAAUAAAGAACUAAUUGAAAAGCAGAGAAAUUGGACGGCUCAUUUUAAUAAGUCGCGACCAAAUAGAUAUGAACAGGAACAACGGUUGGACUAUAAAUCCACUGUUGGCUAUCAAGAGAGAAAGUCGCCAGAAGUAGCUGACAGACAUGUUCCAUCACGAGUUUACUCUCCACCCCUUUCACCAGGUGCCGGUGAUUCUCAUAUAGAGCGUCCUAGUACGCUUCCUUGUAUAGUUAAUCGAGGUAUACAUGUUGCGAAAUCCCCUAGUCCUGUAAAAAAUAUCGCUCCUGUAUUACCUUCGCCUAGAACAAACAAUAAUAUUUCACCCACCACAAGAUCGGACAUCGUAGGUACAACUUCUAUAAAAAAAGAUAUUUCAAGUUCACCACAAACUUCUCAAAAAGCAGAAUUACUAGAAAAGAAACGUGCAGAUAGAGUUUCUAUUUCCCCGGAAUCGGAAAAGGGAAAUGUAGAAAAAAUAGAUGAACUCGUUCUAAGAACAGAAAAUAACUUCCAAAUUACGAGAACAGGUGAUUCAAGCAAACUACCCGUAAAGUGUUCGAGUCCUCCAGAUGUUAUUGAUGUUGAAAAUCCAAAAUAUUGUAACUUACCACCAUCGCCACCAAUUCGUGCUCCUAAGUCACCACCACCACUUAUACCCACUGAAAACAAACUAUUAAGCGAGGCAGCUAUUGAAAAGUUUGAUAUUGUUGAAAAUGAGAGUAUAGCAAAAGAAAAAGAAGAAAACGAAAAAGUUAUCGAUACAUCUCUUGAAAAAAUUGAGAGGUCCCCUCCGUGUAUUCCUUCUUUUGUAGAUGAUGUUAUUGAUGAAAAGAAUGUUGACAAUACUGAUACUUCUGUAGUGACACCUGAUGUAUGUGAUAUUGUGUUGAGAACGCCUUCAAAGGUUCCCGAUGAAGACGUAUAUGAAGCGUUACUUUAUAGUAGUGAUUGGGAUGAAAAAAUUAAACGUCGGUCGUCAACACCCGAAUCGCCUACUCAGGCAGUUCAAGCUGAAGAGCCACCUAAAUCUCCUCUCGCAACGCCGUUGGCCUCGCCAGUCCACAGUCUCCCGUAUUCCUCAUCUCCGGCAUCUACUUGUCCACAACAAGUGGCGCCCAACGUGGGGCCUCGAACUCAAACGCAUUCUUUCUACAUGACGCGAUCUAUACCUACUUGUGUUUUGCCGCGAAAACACGCGACGAACACAGCGGCUAGAUACGGAUCUAUAACGAACAACAAGCUAAACGAGAAGUAA